AUGACUUGUCGGCUUCCUCCUGCCCAAGCUCACAAUCCCGUUUCCGCCGAACAAUACAACAUCCUCCUCGCCCGCUUCAACGAACAAGUCCUCUGCCGUUCCCGCCUCGAGUCCACCCUCGUCGCCGCCCGCGAGGAUAACGACUUUCUUCACCGCCGCAUCGCAGACUUGAGCUCCUCGCAGCCCACCACCUUGCACCACCAAGCUUCUGCCCACCCUGCUUACACUAGCCAACCCCCUACACAUCACUACUCACAGCCCUCAUCCGCCGCAGAGUCCAAGGACCAAACGCAUAUGGACAUCACCCCUUCGUCGGACAAGCAAGAAAACAUUCUCCCGUCCGAGGACUCUAAGGGUCACGACAAGGAGAUUCUCUCGCAUUGCAGUGACAUUUCUGGCUGCAAGAGUGCUGCCAGGAUGCCCGACAUGAAAAAGCCCGCGUCCCGCAAGUCGGCUACCGUCACCGCUACCGGUGGCGUCUCUAAGAAGACCAAGUCGAAGAAAGAGCGUCAGGCGAAGGCCAAAAUCCCAGGACAGUCGCGGUACUGGACUCGUGAGGAGCAUCAGCUCUUCUUGGAGGCCCUGAACAAGUACGGACACAAGAACCUUCGCUCCAUCUCUUCCUACGUCGGCACUCGCAACAUGACUCAAGUUCGCACCCACUCGCAGAAGUACUUUAUGAGGUUGAUGCGGGAGGCCAAGCGCCAGAACCCUGUCGGGGCUAAGCCGGCCACUGCGUCGGGAGAUGAGGAAGCGUCUGGUGCUGACGAUGGCAGUCGUGCUGCCUCUUCCACUGGCAAGGGUGCGACUUCAGCCUCUCGAGGUGAGAACUCCAAGGCCGCAGUUGCAGUCAACAACAAGGAAGCGGAUACUGGGGACAAGUACUCUGUACCCAACACAUGUGGGAUGACUCUACUCUGUUUGGUUGGGGAAGACACACUUGCCGCCAAGACGAGCUAAGCUCUGUCACGGUGCACGAACAGAGCUAAGAGGCUUUGUGAUACAUGACAGUAUAAGAAGUUUUGCUGACUCUGGUGAAUGUAUCACAUCUUUGACUAUCAACUUUGGGUUUAGAGUUAUGUUUUGACAAGAUGGGAGCUUCAGUGGCAUGACAUGUGCACGCCUCCUCUCCUCUGUCGGUUGGGGAGCGGGGGGGUUACUUGGGAAAGUGCACACACAAACGUCAUGCGCCAUGCAGGGCUUGAAGAGGGGGUUGUGAAACGGAACCUAAUUGCGUUUUUCUUUCAACAGACGCUAUGUAUUUUACUUUGGAAUGGUUGAUUGACAUGACGGAACAUUGAUUGUUUAUUUCCAUAUGGCAUGUACAUCUGCGCGUGCGUCGAGGUCCGGUAUAUACCGAACGUCGACGUUGGCUGCGCGAUACAUGUCGGAAAUAGUUUUUUUCUUCUACAACUAGAAACACGCACGCACACUACUGAUACAACUUUUUGAUUUUUACACUGAACAUCACUACUUUUACUACUUUGACGAGAGGAAUCUCCAAGGGAUGCAUCUCCUUGAUGGAGCAUAGGCUAAGGAUUAGUGGACGGCAAUUGUGCGCCGUCGAGGAGCGGGAAUAACAUAAACUUUGAAAAGCAUGAAGGCGA